AUGUUCUCAGAGGUAAAGUUUCCUGUGCCCUGGGGCCAUGUGGCAGCUAAGGCCUGGGGAUCCUCAGAGGGACACCCUGUGCUGUGCUUGCAUGGCUGGCUGGACAAUGCCAACACCUUUGACAGGCUCAUUCCACUGCUCCCCAGAGGUUGCUAUUAUGUGGCAAUGGAUUUUUCUGGCCAUGGCUUGUCAUCCCACCGACCUGCAGGCUGCUCCUACCAUUUUCUGGAUUAUGUGAGCGAUGUGCGCCGGGUGGCAGCAGCCUUGCAGUGGAGACGGUUCACCCUGAUGGGUCACAGUAUGGGUGGAGCUGUGGCAGGAAUGUUCUGUUUCCUUUAUCCUGAGAUGGUGGACAAGCUGAUCCUGCUGGAAAACCUUGGCUUUCUGCUAGCACCAGAGGACACUGAGGCGUGGCUGGAAUCAAAGCGGUUGGUGAUUGACAGAUUACUGAGUCUAGAGGCAAAGCAGCAAAUUCCCAAAGCAUGGAGCCCCGAAGCAGCACUGCAGAGGCUCUUAGAAGCAAACAGACAUCUGACAGCAGAGGGUGGGGCAAUCCUACUGCAGCGAGGAGCAACUGAGACACCCGCUGGGCUGGUGUAUAACAGAGACAUGAGAGUCCGUACGCAGAGUCGAGAGUCCCUCACAGCGGAGCAGUGUGUGAAGCUCCUGCAGAAGAUCCAGGACCGUGUGCUCAUCAUUGUAGCACAAGAUGGACUCUUGAUCCCAUCCAAGCUGGACAGCAGAAAUCACUUUGUGAAAGACCUGCAGGAGGCGUUUGAGUCUACCCUCAAAGAGCACAUCCAGCUAGUAGAGGUGCCUGGGAGUCAUUUUGUGCACCUGAACACGCCUGAAGUGGUGUCUGGGAUCAUCACCAACUUCCUGACAGCACAGAACACCAGAGCCAGGCUCUAGGAAGCCCUCACUGCUGCAGCAGGCCAGGAGAACAGGGAGCUAAAAAGCAGGCUCUGGAGGAAUUGUCACCAUUCUUACCUCACAUCCAAUAUCAGUUUCAUUAU